UAGCAAUAUGUCAGAAAAAAAACAUCAACAUCUGGAACAAAUCAAAAAGACUCGUCAGAUGAACCCUUCUGAUAUCCGGUGCAUUAUUAGGAGCAGUUCUUGUAUUCGGCGAUAAUCUGGUGACAGCAGCGAUACGUCUUUAUAUGAAUCCUGUGGUUUUAUAGUGACCCGUAGCGUGUUAUUCCAGCCAAAUGGCCCGUGACUGAGCGAGUCAACCCAAACCUGAAAGUUUAUGUGGUGUGACCCGAGGGCCGAACACUAGUAAGUAUACACUCCGAAUACUUCAGAAUACACACUACUUAGAGGAAACGUCGGACACGAUGUAGGAUAAGCAAGCGGCACGCGAAGGUAACGGCGCCUCUCUCUGUAGCUGGCCAUGUCGGUGUCUCAGGUGUCUCCUGGACUGUUCCUCAGCGGUCUGGACUCAGCUCUGAGCCUCGGCGUCCUCUCCAGCAGGAACAUCACGCUCAUCAUCAACGCCAGCGGGCUGGAGGACGUGGCCUACCCUCAGCUAGACGGCCUGCACGUCCUCCAUGUCCCCGUCCAGGACCAACCUCACGCCCCCCUGAGACACUACUUUGACUCAGUGGCUGAACAGAUCAGUCAGAACCAAACAGGGGGGACCCUGGUCCACUGCACUGCAGGCAGGAGCCGAUCCCCCGCCCUGGUCAUGGCCUACCUGAUGAGGUCUGAAGGCCUCAGCCUGCGGCAGGCCCACGAGCUGGUUCUGGAACGGCGGCCGUUCAUCCGACCCAACGCCGGGUUCUGGAGGCAGCUGAUGGAGGACGAGCGGCGGCUGUUAGGCAGGAACAGCGUGAGGAUGGCGAGGACGUCCAGCGGCGUCCUGCCCGAAGCUCUGGAUGAGUCGGAGGACACAAACCCGGCCGCGGCGUAUUGCGUCAACGUUUGAUGGUCUGAACAGAGACGCGGAUGGACUUCUUACAAAACUACAGACACAUCUGGACCCGACAGUUUGUCUUCUGGCUUUUAUUGGACGGAGGAAAACUUUAGAGCACCAAUCAGCAGCCAGCAACACUUCACUUCUUCUUUUUGUCAUUAAACCUCCUGUUCAGACUCUCUCA